AGUCUUCCUGUUGAAGACUAUGUGUGUGGGAGGACUUUGGGUAUAAGAGGAAAAAGAACAUCGGCAUAUUCAAUAUUUAAAAAUAAAUCUUUUAGCCUGAUAAGAUGUCUGGAAUAUAAUCUGUGCGGGGAUACUUAAACGAGCAUAUCUUUAGAUUUGAACAUGUCCUCGAAUGAAAUGCUUCAACAUACGGUCGUCGAAACCUUGGAAAUCCAAAAUGUUCCGGCUCUCAUGCAAAGCCAUUGUCGAAUACGGGAUCCGACCAAAGUGAAGCACCUCCUCAAGGAGUUCGUCAAGGCCGGACCGGAACGCUUACAAGUGGUAUCGGAUUUUGACUUCACCAUCACCAAGCAGCGGACAGAGGACGGCAGCAGGGUGCCCUCCACGUUUGCCAUGUUCUACGCCUGCAAAUCCUUGCCCCCAGGACUAAAGGAGGAGGCCCAUAAACUGCAAAUGAAGUACCAUCCCAUCGAGAUAGAUCCUCACAUGCCCGCCGAGGAGAAGCUUAAAUACAUCGUUGAGUGGUGGACAAAAUCUGGGGAACUGGCGAGUGGCUUUCCUUUCGAUCUGUCGGAAAUCGACGAGGUAACCAGACAGUACAUCCAUAAUCUACGAGAUCGCAGUCCGGAGCUAUUUGCGGAUUUGCAUCGUUUAGAUAUUCCCACUCUUGUGUUCUCCGCCGGGCUGGGAAACACUGUGGAGUCCCUCUUGCGGCAGGCGGAAAUGAUGCAUCCUAACGUAAAAAUUGUUUCAAAUUUUCUGAAGUACCGCGAUGGCCUUUUGGAUGGUUUGCAGGAUCCUUUGAUUCACACCUUCAACAAAAACGAAUCUGUACUAGAAGGAAGUGAUUACUUCGAUCAAUUGCACUACCGGGAUCAUAUAAUUCUAAUAGGCGACUCCUUGGGAGAUGCAAACAUGGCUUCGGGCGCUACUGAGACUUCUCAGGUCAUUAAAAUUGGCUUCCUCUACCACCACGUCGAGGAAAAUAUGAAAAACUACAUGGAUACCUUUGAUAUUGUUUUAGUCGACGACCAGACCAUGGAUGUUCCAAGAGCUCUAGUCUCUUUUAUAGAAGAGUUCCACAAAACAUAACAGCACUAAUACUUAAUUAUAUAGUGGAUUAGGAUUUUUAAUAACUUGAAAUGACAAGAAAUGUUUAUAUUUCAAUCAAAAAAUAAAAGAAAAACAGUAAAAACA